CAGGCCUCCUCCCGCGGGCGUUGGCGGCGGGAGUGUGGGGAUGGCGGGCUCGGGCUGCCGGUGGCUCCCGCGGCCGGCCCUGUGGCUACCGUGGCUGGCCCUGUGGCUACCGGCGGCCGCCGCCUUCAACCUGGACGGGAGCAGCCCGGUGCUGAAGGACGGGGAGCGGGGCAGCCUCUUCGGGGCGGCUGUGGCGCUGCACCGGCAGCUCAGCCCCGAACCCGCCGGGUGGCUGCUGGUGGGAGCCCCCCAGGCGCUGGCUCUGCCCGGCCAAGGCGCCAACCGCACAGGUGGUCUCUUUGCCUGCCCGCUGACCCCCGAGCUCUCCGAUUGCUGGCGGGUGCCCAUCGAUGAGGGAGCGGACCCGCAGCGGGAGAGCAAAGAGAACCAGUGGCUGGGGGUCAGUGUCAAGAGCCAAGGGCCCGGCGGCAAGAUCGUGACCUGCGCGCACCGGUACGAGGUGAGGCACCGGGUGCGGCAGCCGCUGGAGACGCGGGACGUGAUCGGGCGCUGCUUCGUGCUGAGCCAGGACCUGAGCGUGCGGGACGAGCUGGACGGCGGCGAGUGGAAAUUCUGCGAGGGGCGCCCGCAGGGCCACGAGCGCUUCGGCACCUGCCAGCAGGGCCUGGCGGCCGCCUUCAGCCCCGACCGCCGCUACGUGCUGCUCGGGGCACCCGGCACCUACAACUGGAAGGGGACCCUGCGUGUGGAGCAGCUCAACCAGAGCUCCCUGGACCUGUUGCGCCUCGACGCCGGCCCCUUUGAAGCGGGGGGCGAGAAGGACCAGGACCCCUCGCUCAUCCCCGUGCCCGCCAACAGCUACUUCGGGCUGCUCUUUGUGACAAACAUUGAGAGCGCCGCCCCCGACCAGAGGGUCUUCCGGACCCCCCAGCCCGGCGAGAGGGUCCCCGGCGCGGCCGCGGACGUGGCGCACAAUUCCUACCUGGGGUUCUCGGUGGACUCCGGGGCGGGGCUGACGCGGCGACAGCAGCUGAGCUUUGUCACCGGCGCCCCCCGCGCCAACCACACGGGCGCCGUUGUCAUCCUGCGCCGCGACAGCGCCAACCGCCUGGUGGCCGAGGCCGUGCUGGCCGGCCACCAACUGACGUCGGCCUUCGGCCACGCUGUGGCCGUCCUGGACCUCAACAGCGACGGCUGGAUGGACCUGGCCGUGGGGGCCCCCCACUUUUUCGAGCGGCAGGAGGAGAUUGGGGGGGCCGUGUACGUUUACAUCAACCCGGGGGGGCUGUGGGACAGCGCGACUCCCCUGCGCCUGAACGGCUCCCGUGGCUCCAUGUUCGGUGCAGCGCUGAGCUCUGCCGGGGACCUCAACCAUGAUGGCUUUGAGGACCUGGCUGUGGGGGCCCCUUUUGACGGUGCAGGCAAAGUUUUCAUUUACCACGGCAGUGCCCUGGGCAUCGUCACCAGCCCGGCGCAGGUCCUGGACGGGGAGGCCGUGGGGGUCUCGGCCUUUGGAUACUCGCUGUCAGGGGGACUGGACGUGGACGGGAACCUGUACCCCGACCUGCUCGUGGGGUCCCUCUCAGACACCGUGGUGCUCUACAGGGCACGACCCGUGAUUCACGUGUCCCGAAACGUGUCGCUGCUGCCGCCCCACAUCGACCUGGAGCAGAGCACCUGCCGCGGCCAGGACGGCGUCUGCGUGGAGGUGCGAGCAUGUUUCAGCUACACGGCCAGCCCGGCCAGCUACAGCCCCCGGCUCGAGCUGCAGUUCGUGCUGGAGGCGGACUCGGAGCGGCGGCGGCGGGGACAGGUCCCCCGUGUCACCUUCCUGGGUCGGGGCCCCGCGGACCCCGAGCACCAAAUCUCGGGGAGCCUGGAGCUGCCCCGGCAGCGCGAGCGGCGCUGCGCCAGCGCCACCUUCCGGCUGCACGACGACAUCCGGGACAAGCUGCGUCCCAUCGCUGUCACCCUGGCCUUCGCCAUCGGAGGGACCCGCGGGUGGCACCGGGCGGGCCGGGGGACAGCGCUGCCCCCGCUGUCCCCUGCGCUCAGCCCCCGCCAGCCCAGCACUCACCGCGCCGAGGUGCAUUUCCUGCGCCAGGGCUGCGGCGAUGACAAAAUCUGCCAGAGCCACCUGGAGCUGCGGCUGCGCUUCUGUGCCCGCGUGGGCGACAGCGACUUCCUGCCCCUGCCCAGGGACGAGGAUGGCACCGCCAUCUUCGCCAUGAGUGACCAGAAGGACGUAGCCCUGGAGGUGCAGGUGACCAACGAGCCCUCGGACCCCUUGGACCCGCAGAAGGACGGGGACGAUGCCCACCAGGCCCUGCUGGUGGCCACCUUCCCCCCGGAGCUGCCCUACGCCGCCCUGCGCCCUGAUGAGGCUGGGGGGCUCGGGGUGCGGGAACAGGACAAGGUGCUGUGCUUGGCCAACCAGAAUGGCUCCAGGGUGGAGUGCGAGCUGGGGAACCCCCUCAAACGCGGGGCCCAGGUGCGGUUCUUCCUCAUCCUCAGCACCUCGGGCAUUUCCAUCCACACCACGGACUUGGCGGUGGAGCUGGAGCUGUCCACCACCAGUGAGCAGCCGGGGCUGGGGCCAGUGGUUGCCCGCGCUCGCGUGGUCAUCGAGCUGCCCCUGGCCGUGACGGGUGUGGCCAUGCCCCCCCGGCUGUUUUUUGGGGGGCAGGUGCUGGGGGAGAGCGCGGUGAAACGAGAGAGCCAGGUGGGCAGCGCUGUCCGCUUCGAGGUCACGGUGUCGCAGCGGGGGCCAGUGCUGAAGACCCCCGGCUCGGCCGCGCUGACUGUCCAGUGGCCGCUGGAGCUGCCCAACGGGAAGUGGCUGCUGUACCCGCUGAGCCUGGAGCUGGGCACCCCCCCCGUGCCCUGCAGCCCCCCUGCCAACCCCCUGCGCCUCACCAUGGAGUCGCCGGCCCAAGGGGGUCCCCCCGAGGAACCCCUGGCCCGCUCGUGGUGGGUGCCUGCGGGGAGGAGGAAGAGGAACGUGACCCUGGACUGUGCCCGAGGCACCGCUCACUGCCGCCUGUUCCGGUGCCCGCUGCCGUCGCUGGAGCGCUCGGAGCUGCGGGCGCGGGGCCGCCUCUGGAACGGGACCUUCCUGGAGGAGUUCCUGGAUGUGGAGAACCUGGAGCUGAUCGUGCGUGCCGGGGUCUCGGUGACCUCCCCCCACGGCAAUGUCGUCAUCAAGGACGCGGAGGUGCAGAUGUCCGUGUCCCUGCACCUGGACCCGGGGGUGUCCGUCACUGGUGUCCCCUGGUGGGUGCUGCUGCUGGCAGCGCUCCUGGGGCUGCUGCUGCUGGCCCUGCUCGUGCUGGGGCUCUGGAAGCUGGGGUUCUUCCGGCGGGCACGGGCGGUGCCACCGGCCGUGCCGCGGUUCCGGGCCGUGCGCAUCCCGUGGGAGCAGCGGCCGCAGGCGCGCGAGGAGCGCACCGGGACCAUCCAGCGGCACCAGUGGGUGGCUGGGCCCGGCCACCAGCAUGGGGACAACCUUGGGGAUGGGUCACGGACACCGGGCUCCGCCUGACAGACACGGAACAGAGACACGGACGUGGCACAGACAGAUGGACAUGGGGAUGGGGCACAGACAGACACAAGGACACGGGGAUGGGGCACAGAUACCUGGAUCCGCCUGAUGACACGGCACGGACACACGGACACGGCACGGACACCCGGAUCCGCCUCACAGACACGUCACGGACACGGCACGGACAGACAGACAUGGCAUAGAGAGAUCGACAUGGGGAUGGACAGGGGAGGGGCAGGGUCGUGCCACGGACACUGGGAUCCUCUUGACGAACAUUGCACAGACAGGGGAGGGACAGAAGGACCCGGGACAUGGACACAGGAAGGAUGCAGGAGCGACAGGGAUGGGCCAUGCACACCAGGAUCUGCCUGAUGGACAUGGCACAGACAGACGGACAUGAGGAUCGACACGGGAUGGACACAGGAGGGAUAAGGACGGGCCACGCACAGCGGGAUCCACCUGACAGGCACGGCGUGGAUGUGGCCUGGACAGACACAGGGUUGGAUACAGGAUAAUGGACGUGGGAUGGACAGACAGACAUGGAAGAGACAGGGGAUGGACAUGGGAUAUGGACACAUCAUGGACAAAUGGACAUGGGACAGACAAAUUUGCACAGGAUGGACACUGGAUGGACACGGGAGAGACGCAGACAGGGACAGGCCAUGGGCACCUGGAUCUGCCUGAAGGACCUUGGGAUGGACACCGGGAUGGACACCGGGAUGGACACUGGGGUAGACUCAAUCCGGACACAGGAGGGAUGGGAACAGGGACAGGGACGGACUGUGGACACCCAGAUCCACCUGAGGGAUGUCUGUGGGAUGGACUCAAGGUAGACAAAUGGACAUAAGGGACACAGGACUUUGACGUGGGACACAGAUGGUCCCUGGCUGUGCUCUGGGAAGGCCCCAUGGAGGCCCCACCAUGUCCUGGAGCUCCCAGGAUGGACAGAGCCAUGCGCCAGGGGUCACUUUGUCCCCAGGGGUCACGUUCUGUCACCAAUAAAAGGUGUUGACCCCACA